ACAAAGUCACAUCGUGUCCUGGUUUUAUCGAGCUUUCACCUGACAGAAUAUCCGAAAGUUGAUUUUUCUUUCUUUCUCCCCGCCGGUCGGGCACCGUGUGAUGCGCUCCAGGCAGCGUUUUUCCAACUCCAACUUUAUGCACCGGCUGGAGGGCUGCUGUCGCCGUUAGCCGGUCGCUGUCCCGAAGGGGGGCGGGGGGCUGCAGUCUGGUUCUCCGACCCUGCACACCGGAGAUGAAGAUUGUCUGAUACCAUGUACAACCGUGUUCCUUAAUCUGGGGACGUCGAUUAGAGAUCCGUCAAGUUGGACAACUCGGGAGCUUGACUCAUUGCUGCUGGUAAUCUAAAGACUUAAAGGAAAGUGCUGCCGUUUCACACUUUUUUAUUUGUUUUUUAUGCCAGCAAGAAUAAAAAGAGAGCGAGGACAUUUUUUUUAUCAUCCUGAACUUUAUUACUGAGGCGAGUAUCCAUGAUGAGCAAACCCGCCGGCUCAACAAGUGGCUGUCUGGAUAUUCUGAAUGUCAAAUCAAGUCGGAUUCUGGACAUCCCAUGCAAAGUGUGCGGCGAUCGCAGCUCAGGGAAACACUACGGUGUUUACGCCUGUGACGGCUGCUCGGGAUUCUUCAAGAGGAGCAUCCGCAGAAACAGGACCUACGUCUGUAAAUCUGGCUCUCAGGGUGGUUGUCCCGUCGACAAAACUCACAGAAACCAGUGCCGAGCGUGCCGUUUGAAAAAGUGUCUGGAAGUGAACAUGAAUAAAGACGCCGUUCAACACGAGAGGGGACCCCGGACGUCCACCAUCCGCAAACAGGUCGCCCUAUAUUUCCGGGGCCACAAAGAGGUGAAUGGAUCAUCGACCCAUUUCCCGGGAACCUCUCUGCCCGGCCCUCCCUUCUUCACGACGGUCACGCAACUGGAGCCUCACAACCUGGAGAUGAGCGCAGUGGCCACCACACCGGAGAGACAAGCCAUCGUGGGUCUGGCACAACCCACCCCGAAGUAUCCCCACGAAGUGAGCGGCACUCCCAUGUACCUCUACGAGGUGGCGACGGAGUCCGUGUGCGAGUCAGCGGCGCGCCUCCUCUUCAUGAGCAUCAAGUGGGCGAAAAGUGUCCCCGCAUUCUCCACCCUGCCCUUAUCCGAUCAGCUGAUCCUGCUGGAGGAUGCUUGGAGGGAAUUAUUUGUUCUGGGUAUUGCCCAGUGGGCCAUUCCUGUGGACUCCACUACUCUUCUUGCUGUUUCUGGAAUGAACAGUGAAAACGCAGAGUCUCAGCGGAUGAAUAAGAUCAUGUCUGAGAUACAAGCACUUCAAGAGGUGGUCACCAGGUUCAGACAGAUGCGCCUUGAUGCAACAGAGUUUGCCUGUUUGAAAUGCAUAGUGACAUUCAAAGCCGUCCCUACUCAUGGCAACACUGAGCUAAGAAGUUUCCGCAAUGCCAGCGCCAUCGCUGCACUACAGGACGAGGCACAGCUCACGCUCAACAGUUACAUACACACCAGGUACCCGACUCAACCCUGUCGCUUUGGGAAGCUACUCUUACUCCUGCCAGCGCUGCGCUCAGUGGGCCCGUCCACCAUAGAAGAAGUGUUCUUCAAGAAGACCAUCGGCAACGUGCCAAUCACCAGGCUCCUCUCCGACAUGUACAAGUCCAGUGAUAUAUGAAUUCUUGCCAUCUGUAUGCGCAUGGAAAAGGCUUGAGCUGAAGGCCCAGAGACCAACCCAGCAGUUAACAGGAUGUCAAAUCAUAGCAGGUGUAUCCAUGGGUUGAAUUUUUUGCUGAGCACAAAAUCCGUUUGGCUGUUUUCAAAUAGCCUCUUUAGGCCUAGGCUCCAAUGAAACAAAGACUGCAACACCGCCUCACCAAGUAGCCUGUUAACAGUU